UUUAUUAUCCAAGCGAGAUAUUUCGUUGAUCUUUGUAUUUUACUGAAGUGUAGUGAAUAGAGGUGUUACCAGGUAGAUGAGUCAACAUUUCCUACGACUUAUGUAUAGAGACCUAAGUAUUAAUAUUCGUGAUUAUUGCGAUUAACAACACACUGAUAGCAGACGAUGUAACUAAUUGAGUGUAUAUAAGUAAGUCAAUUUACGGGUUGCAUUUUGGCUAUUAAAUAUAUUCUAAUUACUAUGUAACUCCGAGGAUGAGGAGAGGGAGGAAAAAUCGGCAAACUCUAAACUCUGAACGACUUAUUGUACAUAUUCGUAUACAUAUGUACGUAUACACGUAACACAGCUCGUGAGCUUGUACAUGCAAACGACAUACAUAUAUAAAUACAUAUAUAAAUACAAAUAUAAAAAUAUAAAACGAGAGAGAGAGAGAGAAAGAGUGCGGCGCGUUUUAGGUCGCGAAGUCACUGUAUACAGUAUCUCCGAGCAUGUCAAAUCUUGAAAUCAAUUCUAAAAUUCAUUUAUUAUAUCCAGUUGUAUGCAUUUUAUGUAUGCUUCCCGCGUGCAUUAGUGCAAUCAUACAUUAUUUUAAAUUUAUCGGACAAGUAUUUUCCGUUUUUCACGCAGAAAGCGGAGCUCCUUGUAUUUCUCUGGAACGAAAAGAGAUCUUGCUAUUAUGUUUCAAUUAUAUUGAUAUAACGCAAAAAAAAAUUAUAUUUGAAUGUCCAACGAUAAAAUUCGAUAAAAGUGGACUUGCAAAAAGUAAAUUCUUUUUACAUUCUAAACAUUCUUAUUUUUAAAGAAACAGCCUAUUUACAUCGGAAAUAAUUUUGCGAAAAAUUUUGUUGCGAUUAAUAUUUUUGACAUUUUGUUUUUAAUUUAAACGGGAUUAUUGUUCUUACAAAGGAUUGAAUAUUUUUUUUACAUAAUAAUUAUAUUGUAAGAGGGAGUAUUAUUUUUAUUCGAAACUCUCUCUUGUGUUCUUAUAGAUUACUUUAUUUAGUUAUAAUAUUUUAUUCACGGACGAGAUAUAAUUCUUAUGUAUCAUCAGGCGCGACAUAAAUUAUUGUACCGAUAAGAACAUUGAAUUGAAUGAAAUGGCCAAUCCUUAUUCGCGCGAUCACAAAAAGAUUUUUCUUAUUAAAAGGUUAUGUAUUUAUUGUAUGGCAGUUAUACAAAUUUCCCGCCAUAUGAUAGUUCGCGCUUCUGCGCAGAAUGUUGAUCUUAACCUUGUCCAACCUAAUCUGAGGUGUGAAUCAGAGAGAUCAGAAUACCUACAACGCAUAGAUUGCUCUCGUCGAGUUUUAUUUUAUACAGUGAUUUCCGACGAUGUUGAUUUAAGUAAUUUCACAUUUUUAAUUUCUCUUUCCUCUAUGCGUCUACAUGCGACUUCCAGAUUUUUAGAGGUAUCAAGGAUUACAUUUACAAUUUAAUCCGCUUUGUGUACCUUUGCAAUUAUAUACUUAAUCUAAUGAGUUAUGAGCAUGACAUUAUAACUGUACUAUGAAUUCAUGAUUGUGGAAACAAUUUAAAACAUGGUACAAACUACGAUAGACCAAUUCUAUAAAGUUACAAGUAGUAAUAAGAACACUGCAAAUGCAAAAAAUAUCAAGGAAUCAUCUAAUCACAGAAAUCAAAUAGUUGAGAAAAAAGAAAGACGAUUAUCGAACAAACUGGAAACUUUUCCUGUACGUGAGAACACCAAACAAAGCCCAUGCAAAGUAAAUAGAAAACAGGGAAUGCAGAAUAAUGUUUCAUUAAGUAAUGAGGUAUAUUGUUUGUCAAAAGCUGAUGUGAAAAAUAGCCCAACUAAAAACAUGGCAGUUAAACUAAUGAUAUCGCCGACUAUUACACAUACUUCUCCUAUCAGUAAUCGAAAACAUACUCCGGUAUCAAAUAGCGAUUCGAAAUUCAGUCCAAAGACAUCAUCUCCGAUAAAGAAUGCAUUGGACAAGUCACAUAGGUCUGCAAAACUAGCGCGAAGAAAAUUGUUCAAGGAUAAAACUGAGGAGUUGCUUUCUGCAACGAUAAACAAUUUGAAUUUAGCUAAAGAAGGAGCCAUUGCUAAUAAUGACUUUAAUCUGGAGAAGAUUUACUCGAGCAGAAAAUUUAGCUACAAAUACAAUCCUAUAGACACUGCAGCUUCAACAAGAUACGAAAUUAACGACGUAAUUGUACCUGUAGACAUGUAUUCAUUGCAUUUCUUUUUAAUAAUUGUUACCGUAUUUUCCAAUCCAAUUAAUUGCGGAUACUUUGACGAAGAGGAAUUAGAUUUUAUAUUUUCGUUUCUUACUCUUUCAAGACAUGCGCAAGCAUUACUGAUACGCAUGUUAAAAAGGAAGCAUACAUGGCACAGGAUAGGUAACAUUAAAUACGACGAGAUAUCUAAUGAUCUAAAGCCGAUUUUCGAUGAGCUUGUAUCACGAUCUAUUUUCAAAAGUAGUACAGAAGAAGAAGAUAUAUCUGCUUUGCUGAAAUUAUUACAAGUCGAUGAAAUUCGCAAGAUCUGUCAAGAAUUGAAAAUGAAUUGUAGUAAAAGAAAAGAAGACUACGUACAAUCAAUCUUAAAGUUUUGCAAUGAGACAAGAUCAUUGUUCCCUGGAAUACUGAGUCCCGCCACUAAACUACGCGCAUCUGUCAACAAGCGCUUAGGAUCUUGCGUAUUAUUGAAUACAAGAGUGAAACAAAUGGUUGAUAGAAUAAUUACACUGUUGAUGCCAAAUCGAGAUCCCACUGAGACUUUGGUGGAUGUAUUCCUAAUGAUACUAAGAGUCGAAACAAAUCAGAUGAAGUUUCCAAAAUUAACAAUAAGUGAAUUUCCUAUCUUUGCUAGCAAAGGACACUUGUUAGAUUACAUAGAAGCUAAAAAUACAUUAUCUGAUAUGUUGAGCGCAAUUGAGAAGAAACAAUGGGAUGUUGUACGGAAUCUUGGAUCUUUGGCCGCGCAACGUUUGCCGCUCUUUUUGGAGGUAGAAACACAAAGUCUUGAAGACUCCACACUGCCUCGUCACAUCAGACGUUUUAUGCCAGGUUAUUUGUGGCUCAAGGUUUUAUCUAAAAGUGUUGACGCAUUUAAAAAGACUACAGAAACGAUGCCACGGGCGGUGGAAUUCUUGCGAACGUUAAUAGAUCAGGAUUGUCAUAUGAAGAGUAGAAAAGGAUCAUGGUUCAAUGAAUUGAUCAAAAUAGAGAUGUAUCAUAUGAAGAAUCUUGAUGCUAGUGUUGCGCUACUAUCGGAUGCAGCGUCGCACGAGAGCCUGACAAAAGUCGAUAGAUUAGACUUGUUGGAUAGAGCAGAAAUGCUUGUUAAGAGAAAAACUGGCAUCAAUAAAUGUACAAAAGCUACCGUUAGACAUAUAUUGGAUAACAUGCUCAACAAAGCGCGACCAAUUUCCCAGACAUGUUCUAUUACGAUAGAAGGAAUGUUAUGCGGGAAUACUUUGCAAAGGAAGAGCACUUGGUGUAUCAACAAUAAUGUAGAUCAACAAAUGUAUGGUUCUGUUGAAAGUUUUGCGCUAUAUGACUACAAACACAAGGGAUAUCCCAAAGGUGUACAUUGCGAAGGUGCCUUCCCGAUCACUCUAUUUGGCACAUUGUUUUGGGACGAGAUUUACAAUAUGAACAUUCCCGGCACUUGCGUAUCAUCAUAUCAAGACGCACCAUUAGAUUUAUAUUCAUCGGAAUUUUAUGAGAACAGAAAAGAGCGAAUAGACAUGAAGCUUCAAAUCAUUCGGAAAUUCGAUUCGGAAACAUUGAGCAGACAUGUGAAACAUGAAUUCGAUUUAUACCGCGAAUAUACCUCUCUCUGUCAGGGCACUCUUUUUGAUGACAGUAAUAACUUUCAGGAGGUAGCGUUUUGUUUAGGAGUAGAAGGUAUUGUUGGUAUUUGUGAACGACUCGUUCAUGAUUUUCGACUUUGGAGAGCUGGCUUUCCAGAUUUAAUUGUAUGGAACGCAUGUACAAAACAAUACAAAAUUGUAGAGGUAAAGGGUCCAGGCGAUUCAUUGUCAACCAAACAAAAAUUAUGGUUGGACUACUUGAAUCAUCUCGGAUUGAAUACAGAAGUGUGCUAUUGUAAGUCAAACACGAGUCAUACUAAAGGCGGACGUAAGCGGAAGCACGAAGAAAUUAUGACGUAACGUCAUAGUUUUCACAAAGUACUUGCAAAGUCAAUAUGCAUGUAUAAAAAGCAGUACAUUUUAUAUUGUUACGCGAUAUUUUAUAUUUUAUAUAUCUAUAAAUUUUAUCUUUAUCUUAAUUCAGAUAAAAAUUUAAUCGUGUAAUUUUAGCGAAAGAGUAUCUUGCAUAAUAAUCAAUUCAAUUUAAAAACAGACGAGUUGAUAAAAUAUACUUACUGCAUUUGUCCCGUGGCUGGCGUUUCUUCUAUAUUGAACUCUGCUACCGGUAUGUUACGUCGCGCUACUUGCGGUGCAAACAUUGCGGCUGGAUAUACGAUCGCUGAGGUUCCGAUGACCAAGCAAGCGUCGCAACUUUCAACAAUGUCAACUGUAACAGUUUAUUUUUUUAAUUAAGUGUUAAAACUUUUAUUUCACGUUUUGUAGUUUUACAUAUGCAUGUUUUAUAUAUAAGCAAGAUAUGAUUUAUACUUAUUAAAAAAAAAUUCAUACAUACAAGCCUUUUGCAGUA